AUGGCAGACUGGUCAUUGCUUCCAAAAGACUUGCUAGGACUAAUCAAUGGUCGUUGUUCUGAGACAUGUUUUGAGAUUGUUCACUUCCUCUCUGUCUGCAGCUCAUGGCGGUCUGCUUUACCUCCGCUGAGCUAUAGCCGGUCCAUAGGAUUUAAUUUCCUUCUCCCUCUUUUCAACCACGAGUCUCGGUUCAUAGGCGGCGACGAGACGCAUUGCAGACUCAAAAAGAUUCAAGUCUUCCUCCUGAGAUUCCAGACUCCAUUUGGUGCUGAUUGUUUGUUGGUAGGGAUGAGCCAGAGCAAAUCUGGUAAACUCAAGUUGUUGUCACCUUUGGACGGUACUCGGAGGUAUAGAUAUGGAGUAACUCUCAACACUCUCAGCUCCCAAAUCAUCUCCUUGGGUGAUUACUACGAGAUAAAGUUCAAUGCUAUAACAACAAGACGCUAUAGAACACGACGUGAGAGAUAUACCAAGAGAGUUGCGUUUCUUCAAGAAGAAGAUGGUAAAGGCUUUGUAGUAGUAGCUGGAGUGUUGGGGAAACUAAUGAUGUGUAGAAGCUCUGACAAGACAUGGACUAAGAUGGAGUGUCCGUUCUAUGGAUACCGAGACAUGGUUUCAUUCAAAGGCAAGUUUUACGUUGUUGAUAUGAAGGGACGUGGACGUGUCUUCGUUAUCGAACCCUCGUUGGAGAUAAGUGAGAUCCAAGAAGUCACGCAGUCUCACGAGACAUUUGAUGAGAGGCUGGUUAUCUCGGGAGACGAGCUCUUGCUGGUGCAGAGAAUCACUCCAGGAGCAUAUUGUCAUGAACAUAAGCAUGCCUGGUUCAGAUUGUUCAGGCUCCAAGAGGAGAAAGACCAGAAGAGAUGGGUUCGAGUUAUCGACUUAGAAGACCGAAUCGUGUUUCUUGGUGACUGGAAUCUCUGUUACUCGGCGAAAGAGCUUCCUGGCAUGAAAGGGAACUGCAUCGUGUUCUUUGAUCCCAAGUACUCUGGUGAUCUCCUUGUGUAUGACUUAAGAACCUUAAAGACCAGUGACGCGUGUACUCAGUCCGGAGGCUAUAUGGGUGCGUUCGGCAGAAAUCAAGAAUCUUUGUUGUCCUGCGGAAUUGUGACCGCACCAGAUCAUGAAGCGGCUUCUAUGAUUCGUCAGGUUCAUCAAGUGCAUUUCAAGUAG